AUGGAAAAAUUGAAGAGUCUCCGCUCUCAAAUGAACAUCGAGCCGGCGCUGAUCUUCGCGGCAAUGUCGAUGAGUUUUCUCCUCACCUCACAGCCACAAUUCCAGUAUUGGGCACGAUGUAUCGAGAUUGGACAGGAAAAGGGUUUCAACGAUUCGAUGUGUGAACGAUCGGAGAUCCCGGAUGAUGACGAGUUUAAUAAAGAAAUACAAAAGGAUAUCUCUGAGAUGAGGAUUUACAUUCAGAUCGCUAACUCGUUGCCAAACAUCAUCUCAGCUCCAUUACUUGGCAUUUGGGCGGAUCGAUCAGGUCGAAAAAUCCCACUGAUCUUCUCGAUUUGCGGUUUCUGCAUUUACGCUCUUUUGUACAUCGUCGCAACGCUCACCUAUCGACACAUUAAUGUAUAUAUUUGGUUUUUCAUCUCGGAAACGAUUUGGGGUCUUUCGGGCGGAUCGUGUGGUUUAAUCGGCACAAUGUUCGCGAUGAUCAUCGAUGAGACGAGGAAAACACCGAAUUCGGGAAAUCUGGCGGUCCCCUUUCGAAUCGUUCUCGGCGCGGCGCUUCAAAAUUUCGGUGGUUUCGCUGGGAAUAUCGUAAUCACAAUGCUCUCCGAUCUCAACUCACGCUAUUUGAUCUGUGCUAUUUUACAGUGCAUUUUCAUCUUUUUGACCCUUUCCUAUGUUGUAUUAUUCUCACAUGAGACUCAUCAUCCAAAUCGAAUCAUCGAAACGGCGUAUGAGACUGGGAAAGUUUCAGUCGAUUCGACCUCGCAGAACUCGAAAAUCCCCUCAUUCACAUCGCGCUAUUUCUCCGAGAUCUGGACGUCAAUCAUUGAGGUUUUAUUCCGUAAACGUCGUGGCUGGGUCCGUUUCUGCAUCAUCACCUCACUCGGCCUUUCCGUUGUCGAAUUGAUUGUGUUAGACAUUAACUACAUCUAUUUGUACAUAAAACGGCCGCAUUUCGAUUGGAGUGAUCGAACAUUUUCCCUUUUUAUGACACUUAAGGGAUUGUGUGCGGCAACGGGAAUGCUUUUAGGG